CUCUUUUCAGAUUUUCCUCAUCAUUCAAAUGCUUCCAAGAAAUUUCAAUCCAACGAAACCAUUCUCCCCUCUGUUUUCUUCGCCCUCCUGUCACACUACAUAGCUCCAUUUCCAUCUUUGCAAGCUCCGAAAAAAUGGAAAUCUCAGUCUUGAACUACACCCAGAUUUGAAACCCAGAUUUUUCCUCAAAAACCCACACAAAAAGACUCAAUCUUUUCCAGGAAACACAGAUGAAAAAUGAAACACGCCCACGUUUUGCUGAUCUUGGUCAUACUCCUAACCUCGUUUUUCUUCUUAGCUUUGAUUCUUUGCCUGUCGUGUUGUUUCUGUAGAAGGAGGGGAACUGAAGAGGAUGUUCAUAGAGACCCAGAAUCUGGGUUUGAGGAAAGAGAAGGUGUGGUGGAGGUUAAGGAGACCCUAAUGAAUUUCAAGGGUGGGGAAGAUCUAGGGGUUAUUGACAUUCUUGAUGCUCCUGGGGAGGUGAUAGGGAAGUCAAAAUAUGGGACAUUGUAUAUGGCUUUGCUUAGGUCUGAUAAACCAGCACUGUUGAGAUUCUUUAGGCCACCCUGCACUUUGAGCCUUAAGGAAUUUGUCCCCAUUGUUGAGCUUUUAGGGUCAAUUAGGCACCCAAAUUUGGUGCCUUUGUUUGCAUUCUAUGCUGGGCCAAGAGGGGAGAAGCUCCUUGUUCAUCCCUUUUAUCGCAGAGGCGAUCUGGCUCAUCUCAUUGCAGAUGGCAAUGGCGAGGUUCACAGAUGGCCUACCAUAUGUAUGAUCUCCAUGGGAAUCGCAAGAGCUCUGUACCACCUCCACACUGACUUUGAAAUCCCCAUAGUCCACGGGAACUUGAAGGCGAAGAACAUACUUCUUGACAGUCAUUUCCAGCCACACGUCUCAGAUUUCGGUCUCCAUUUACUCUUGACACCAAAAGCAGGACAAGAAAUGCUUGAAACUGCUGCUGCUGAGGGGUACAAAGGUCCAGAGCUGAUAAAAAUCAAAGACAUUAGUGAAGAAGGAGAUAUAUAUAGCUUCGGAGUGAUCUUGCUGGAACUCCUCACUGGGAAAGAACCAUUUCUUGGCAUCUCAUCGCAUCUCAGCUUGCCAAACAUGGUCAAGAGUGCCAUAAUUGAGGAACGGAUCACAGAGCUGUUUCAUCCUAUGGUUCUUGUUGACCAAAAGGAGGGCCGUGUCGUGGAGUUGCUUCGGUUAGCCAUGGAUUGUUGCUCCCCAUUUCCUCCUCUAAGGCCUAAUAUUAAGGAGGUUUUAGCUAGGCUUCAAGAAAUUGGAAGGGCAACAACAACAACAACAACAACAAAAACCCAGUAGAGUCCCACAGAAAGUAAGGUUUGGGUGAGAAUGUGUGCAGAUCUCACCCCAACUCGGGAGUAGAAAAGGACAACACAAAGACGCUGACGAAACUAACAUUUUAGGGUAUGCGGUACUCUUCAAAAAUUGAUCUUGAAAUGCAAUUCCACGUCCGAAUAUGUUCAUCUCAUUAUUCCUUCAAAGUGAAGACGCAAAGUUUUGCCACUUUUUUGCACGAAUUUAUAGCGUUAAAUGGUUUGAUUUGACACGAUAAAUUUAGUGUCACAGGCCCUGACAUAGUUGAUGAUGGGCCAAAAGAUUCUGCAGAUGAGAUCUUUUUUUUUCAGGAAUGUUUCAAGAAUGAAGAAGACACUCAUUUCUGAAAGAUGAGUUUGUGGUUGGAAACACAGGAAAGCCUUUAUAUAUAUAGAUUGAUCAGAUCAAACUAAUGACAGAGUAGUAGAUUUGACUGUAUGUAU